AUGCUCUCGGCCGGCGUCCAGCAAGGGGCGCUCGAUUUCCGGGGGUCGUCCCUCGACCAGAAGACAUCGCUCGUCCUGAGCACCGAGACCUCGGCCACCAUCAAGGCCUCUGACACGCCGCUCUCCUUCACCCUCGAGGCCUGGGUGUGGCCCGCGCAGGCCAAUCUCCGCCGACCACAGCCCCUGUUCGCCCGCUACCCGCGCACCCAGCCCAUCCAGGGCCACUCCCGCGCCGAGUUCCUGCUCCAGCUGCAGGCCAACGGCAAUCUCAAUCUCUUCUUCGGCGGCGGCUCGGCCAACAAGGACCGCCUGGCGCUCAAUCUCGACUGCGGUUUCAACGUCGUGCCCGCCGGCCGCUGGACCCACGUCGCCCUGAGCGUGGCCACCACCCCGGGACUGGUCAACCCGCGCGAGGCCCGGGUCUACCUCAACGGUCACCUCGCCUGCGAGUGGCCCGGCACCGAGGCCGCCAACACCACCUUUGGCGGCACCCGGCAGAUCAUGCACGACCAGCCCUUCGUCUUCUCGAAGUACGAGCUGGCCGACUGCGACGGCCCCGAGCGCCUGCAGACCUUCCACGGCCGCAUGGACGAGCUGCGCGUGUGGGCCGGCGUGCGCACCCCGGCCGAGAUCCUGGCCGCCUACGACGCCACCGACCUGUCGUCGACCACGACCACCACCCCCUACGCCGAGGCUCGCGCUAGUAGUCUGGUGGGCCUGUUCCACCUGGACCGCGAGUCAAGAGGCGAGGGGGAGGAUGAGUCGUACGUGGCGCUCGAUUCUUCCCCGACCGGCGCCAACGCCGCGUUCGAGGGCGAGAUCGAGGGCCAGGCUCCGGUGUGGGUGCCCUCGUCGGCCCCUCUGGUGCUGCGAGUGGAGGCGACCAACUUCUUGCUGGCGCACCUCACCCUCUUCAUCUACUCGGCCCACCCGAACGACACGUUCGCGGCGCAGAUCGACGUGUCGGCGCUCAACCCGAUCGAGUCCAUCUACCGCGACGGCGGCGCGGCCGUCCUGGUGAACCAGGGCAACGUCAUCACCGUCGCCGAAGGCUCACAGUUCCCUGUGGCCUAUUUCCUGACCUCAUCGCCGGUGAGUUACACUGCAACGGUGCGCUACCGUGCGGUGUCGUACGACGCGAGAGCUGAGAGUGCGCUGGUGGCUUCGGAGUGGGCCGAGAUCGUGGUGCGGGUGGAGGUGACCGGGUGCGACGGCCAGGGCGGCGAGAUGGACUGGUGCGGCGUGUGCGAGGGGGACGGUCGGUGCGAGCCGUACGGGUGCGACGGCGAGGGCAGCCGACUCGACGUGUGCGGCGUGUGCGACGGCUACGGCGAGUCGUGCCGGUGCUCGCUGGCCAACUGGCGCGGCUACGAGACCGAGGAGCUGGACAAGAGCGUGCUGUUCUACGACCUAGCUCACCUGAACGAGGCCAUGGAGGCCAUGAAGGGUGUGGUGGACGAUGUCACCUCGCUCCUGCUGGAGAGCGACGACCGCCGGAUCAGCUGCGCCAACGUGACCACGGCCCUGGCCAACGUCAAGCGGCUCCAGGCCAAGACCUACAUCUACAACACCCUCUUCCUCGAGCCCUUCCUGGAGCUGCUCAGCUAA